AAUUUCCUGUUUAUUCAAGUAUAGGAUGGUCGGUAUUAGAAGUCCCUUCUAUAGUAUAUUUUAGGUAAUAUCAUUACAUUGAAUAAAGUUAAACUCCAUAUUCCACAGAUUAAUGGCCUCCAUGCAUUUAUUUCAAAGAUCGUGAAAAGGGGGUUGUCAUGGCGUCUACGUAAUACAUUUUUCUGCUAAUCGGAAAGGCCCGAGAAGUUGCGAUUGUUGGAGAUCGAUCAACAGGACGGCUGCCAUUACUGAAGUCAGCAUAAUUAUGGACCCCGUUACCAGUGCCCAGGACGUGAUGCGAUGUGACCUGUGUGAGACCGCUGUGGUUCAGAUGCACUGUGAUACAUGUCUUGUCAACCUGUGUAAGACCUGUGUGGGAGAACACUUCUCUACUGGUCUAUCAAAACCUCAUAAAAUUGUUGACUUCAAGGACAGAAAAUCUACCCUCUCUACCCGGAAUGUACAUCUCAUGAAAAGGAGCGAUGUGAAAUGUACUGUAAAAAUGUGACAUUCCUGUAUGUAGCAACUGCCUUGAAUCUAAUCAACAUUUAGGUCAUGAAUUGUGUAAAUUCUUGCGAGUUCUGUAUGAAAAGAAGGAUAUGAUUAUAAAAGAGAGAAAGGAAUUAAAUGAAACAAUUUAUCCAACCUACCAGGACAUUGCCUAUGAUGUACAAAAUAGAAUGAGUCAGUUAGAAAAGGAAUAUGAAGAUCUCUCAUCAUCCAUAACAAAACAUGGAGAGGACUGGCACAGAGAAAUUGACAAACUUGUCAAGAAACUUAAAGAAGAAGUUUAUAAAAUGAAAACACACAGAUACAAACUAUACAGAAACAUCUGAAUGAAAUUAACAAGAACAUUUGUGACAUCAAGAAGGAAAUCAAAUCAAUGAAAACUGCUAUAGAUACCAAUGGCAUGUCCAAACUGUAUAGUGUAACAUCAAAUGUACACAUAUACAGAAAUCUUCCUCACAAAAUUAUGCCGUUUUUACCUAAAUUUAUUCCAGGAAAAAUCAAAGAAGAAGCAAUGAGUGAAUUUUUCGGAGCCUUAUCAUCAAGUUCUUUAGCAACAGAUAAACAUGGCUACAGCAUGAAGACAACACCAAAAUCAGCAGAAGCUGGAUCCUCAUCCCCAGUCAAACAGUUGCUUGAUGAACCAAAGACUGUCGCCACCAUAAAAAAUAGGUAUGCUUACAUAAACAAUGUGGCCCGUCUGAGUGAUGAAGAAAUCUGGAUAAGUGGAGAUGACAGUACCAUGGAACUCUACAGCAUCAACCAGGGAUCACUUCUCAAGUCAAUCACAACCAAGUCAGGCAACUGGCAAUAUAACAUAGCAGUAAUAAAAAGUGGAGAUUUAGUUUAUACUGAUUACAGAGAUAGAACUGUGAACAUUGUGAAGAAUGAGAAGAUAGAAGAGGUGAUCAGAUUACAGAACUGGAUACCAAAAGGUAUCACUGGUACUUCCUCUGGUGACCUCCUGGUUAUCAUGGACAGUGAUGGUGACAAACAAUCAAAAGUUGUUCGUUACUCUGGCUCUACAGAGAAACAAACCAUUCAGUUCGAUGAUAAAGGUAAAUUUCUCUUUUCUCCUAACUCUAUUUAUUACAAAUUUAUUACUGAGAACACGAACCAGGAUAUCUGUGUGUCUGAUGAUGAAACUGGAGCAGUAGUGGUGGUCAAUCAGGCCGGGAAACUGAGAUUUAGGUACAUUGGACAUACUCCUGCUCCAAAGAACGAGCCAUUCAGUCCACAAGGAAUCGCUACAGACAGUCAGAGUCACAUCCUUACGGCCGAUAGACACAACCUACUUUUGGACUAA